AUGGCUCAUUGUUUCGGCGGCCGCCAGCCGCCGAUGUAUCGAUUGGUGCGCUCGGCUCUGCUAUACUACGCUCCGCUUUCAUUUUUCUGGGAGGCCUCCCAUUAUGCGGCAGCGCGACGCUCGAUAGUCGACGCGGCUCUGCGCGACGAGUCGAGUACCGCUUUGUUUGCUGUCCGACUGCAGCAGGCCCGCACCUCGCGCCCCGAAAAGCUGUUCUCCCACGCGCUGUUCGAGCUGGAGCUGGCGGGCUGCAACGAGGUGACGGAGGCGGGCCUGUGGGCGUGCCUGACGCCGCGCAUCGUCUCGCUGACGCUGUCCGACUGCAUCAACGUGGCCGACGAGGCGGUGGGCGCCGUGGCGCAGCUGCUGCCCUCGCUGUACGAGUUCUCGCUGCAGGCCUACCACGUCACCGACGCCGCACUCGGCUACUUCUCGCCCAAGCAGAGCGGCUCGCUCUCCAUACUGCGCCUGCACAGCUGCUGGGAGCUCACCAACCACGGCAUCGUCAACAUCGUGCACUCGCUGCCUAACCUGACGGUGCUGAGCCUGUCGGGCUGCAGCAAGAUCACGGACGACGGGGUGGAGCUAAUCGCCGAGAACCUGGGCAAGCUGCGCUCGCUCGACCUGUCGUGGUGCCCGCGCAUCACGGACGCCGCUCUCGAGUACAUCGCCUGCGACCUCAACCAGCUGGAGGAGCUCACGCUAGACCGGUGA